UCGGCGCGCAGGCCUCAGGCUUUCGGCGGGCUGCGGGUUGCGCCGCUGAGCGGCUGGACCGGCAUGGGCGAGUAGCGGCUGGGCUGGUGAAGCCAGGCCUGGUCAACCCAGUCACUCACAGAAAUCCUGCCAAUUCAGGAAUCUGUCUUGAACCUCUCGAUGGCAGCAUGUCACAAUGAACUCUUCAUUAUCUGGGCCUACAGCAGUAGCUGAUGUGAUUAAAGAUCUAGACACUCAGAUAGCACUAAUUGGUCCUGGCCCACACACCCCAAAACAGAAACAGGAUUUGGAGAAACUUAAUGAUUUAAAGGCCAAAGCCCAACAGAUUAUGAACCAGUUUGGACCUGCAACUCUAAUAAACUUGACAAACUUUCCCUCAAUAAAGCCUGAUCCAUCCAGUACACCGCCACCAAAUACAAUGGCUAAUAGUACUGCUGUGGUGAAGAUACCUGGAACACCAGGCUCAGGAGGACGUAUGAGCCCAGAAGGCAACCAGGUCCUGAGCAAGAAGAAACUCCAGGAUCUGGUACGGGAAAUUGAUCCGAAUGAACAACUUGAUGAAGAUGUUGAGGAAAUGCUUUUGCAGAUUGCUGAUGAUUUUAUUGAAAGCGUAGUGAGUGCAGCUUGUCAACUAGCACGUCACCGGAAGUCAAACACACUGGAAGUAAAGGAUGUUCAGUUGCAUCUUGAACGCCAGUGGAAUAUGUGGAUACCAGGAUUUGGUUCAGAUGAAAUUAGGCCCUAUAAGAAGGCCUGCACAACAGAAGCUCAUAAACAGAGAAUGGCACUAAUACGCAAAACAACCAAAAAAUAAAGCUUUGAAGAAGAGAUCAUUUCUACAACAAAGUUCUGAACAUCACAACACAUUCUCAGGCUUAACCUCCAGUUCUGCAGAGGAACCUGUAAUGGCUGAUGUGUGUUUUUUGUGAAAAUGGACUAAUGACAUAACUUUGUACUCGUACCAACACACUGUAGCUACAUGUUUGGUGCUUGAUUCUCCUUCCCGAAUACAAACUUUAAGGACUUGUACAAAGUGAAUGGUAUGUGUGCGUGUGUGUGAAACUGUGCCGUUUCUUUGUUGAUUAAUGGUAGUGUGAUCUAUUGGGACUUGGUGGAGUGUUAAGUAGUUGGUUUUCAUAUCUUUGUAUAGAGGUAAUGUUGACCAUUUUUGCCAAUAAAAUAUUACUCAACUUGA